GUUCGGUGCAUGGGAGGAGUUGAACAGCCACCAAGUUUAGUUCAGAUAAGCUGUGAGAGCCUCUGGUAGAAAUCCCAGCACAGAAACUUCUUUUCAGCUGCCCAGUGAGUAUUCGCUUAUUGCUCCUUGAAAGAAGCACAUUCACUUGAACAGAGGCUUGAGCAACCACUGCUGCAACAGAUCUGAAAUGCCUGCAGAAGCACGCAACACCCAUUUCUGGCAUGCAGAGCAACCCAGCCUGUAGUUAGACAUGUGACUAUCAGGACAUUUUAUCUGCAAGCCAAGUAACUCAGUCAAUAUUUGCAAGGUCUGGGAGGAAAACUUUAACUGCUUUAUUUGACGUAAUGCCGUUACAACUGAUACCGUCAGAAGAAACUGAUGCUCCUUUUAUUUCCAUUGUCUUUGUAUGACAAAUGUUUCUGGCACCUGCAUCUGAAAAUGAAGGACAGACUGGAAGAGUUUAGGACUAGUGUCAAAGAAGAUGAGUUACUUGAGUUUGAGGAGAACUUGGCAUAUGACAAUCCUGUCUACCAAGAAACAGAGAAUCAUGAAAUGGACAAGUUUUUUCAGGAGGUAGCUGGGCUUUCCGUUUCACUAAAGAGCCUGACAGAUCUCGCUGAGCUCAUUGAGAAAAAACAAGAGCUUAUCCUUUGCAGCACAACAGAUACUGAUAUUUAUGAAGGAAAGAAAGAGUUAAGUAAAUUGAAAAAUACUUUGAUUUCUGAUGCUAAAACCAUUCAGGCCCAGCUCAGCAAAAUUAAGACAUCUUUGGCCGAAGACAGUAAAAACUGGAUGGCAGAGUACCGCAUCCGUCAAAGCCAGUUCAAUGCCUUAACAAAUCGAUACCAAGGGGUUAUGACUCAACAUUACAUCAACGAGACAAAGUAUGUGGGCAUGCUAAAAGAACAGGUCAUGAGGCAGGCAGAACUGGCUGGAUUGGAUCUUCAGGAGGAUGACAUCAAUCAAUUAAUAAGCAGCCCAAUGGCUCCACAAAUAGUUGGAAAAGAUUUAGAAAUCCUCAAAGCUAAACAACACUAUGCCAUGGCCCAACAGAGACAUAAGCAGCUUAUGGACCUUGAAGUCCAGAUUACUGAACUUCACUUAAUUUUUUUGCAGUUAGAAAUGUUGGUCUCAGAGCAACAGGACAUUAUCAAUAACAUUGAGUUCAACGUGAUACACACUCAGGAAUACAUAUCACAAUCCAACGAAGAAGUCAAGAAAGCGAUCAAAUACCAGAAGCAAUCCCGUGUAGCGGCUGCAGCAUCGGCAUUUUUGGGGCUCUGUGCUUGUUGCACUUGUUGUCUUGCUUGUCUGCCUGGAGCUGCAAAGUAAAACCAGUCAUCAAAAAUAUUAUUGGUCCUACAGCUAUUAGGAGGACUCCUAGCAGUGAAGGUUGUUUCUACUUUCAGUUGGAGAACCUUAGAAUGGAUCUGUAUUCCACAGUGAGCUUGCUUCUCUUGAAUACAGUUGUAAAUUACAGCAGUGCUUGUAAUUAUAUCUGAAUCAGAACUGCAUGAGUUAACAUAGUCUAAAGAGGCGCCAAAAAGUGAAGCAAGGACUAUAACUCUGUAAACAGAGGUGUCUACCUCUUCCAAAGUCAUGACUGUUUAAUGACCGCCCUCUCACUAGGUUACACUGAUUUGUUAUUUCUUUUAUCUGUGUUUAUGUUUACAUGAAAGGAGUGGCCUAAUAAGCCUAAGGCUAAGGUAUUCCUUCAAUAAGAUAUUUCGAUAACAUAACUUAUUUGUACAAUAGAUAGUAAAAUGAUAGCGCAUGUUAAGUAAUAUGAUGUUUAUAUUUUAUUCCUAUGGAAAUUCUCAGUUUAAAGCGCAGGUGUAAAUUGCAUUUUAAUUGUGUGGAUAUAUAAAAA